ACGCACGAUCAUCACACGGAAAAAAAGAUGAAAACAAUAUUUUCUUUUUGGUUUCCUUUGCAAAAGCAGCGAAUUGACGUUAGCGAUUCGCUAACAACAAGCUAGCUCUUUACAAUAACGAUGCAGACAGAUAUCACAGCGCACAUUCCAAUUAACGCGGUCAAACAAUACUGAUGCAAUCAAUACAUUACCCAUGUUAUCCAGCGAUCAUCGGGGUGUCCGGUGCGAGUAUCGGAAGAAAAACAAUGCAACAAUUCUAUGUAGCCUUCCGAUGAACGCUGCCGCUACUGUACGCUGCUAAACUUGGGCAAACCUCGCCUCAAAACCUUCUGGGACAUGUCAUCGUAACCCUCCGCCUGCGGUAGAUGUGCUGAGGCUGGAGUAGCCACCAUUUUGCAUGUCGAGUGUGUUCCUCCCUCCAUUGCUAAUAGAGACGAUUCCACUUACUUUCUGGCAUCACCACGGCUGAGAAUGCCAGCUCCGAUCAGAUUGCGGGAGCUGAUCCGAACUAUCCGGACAGCGCGGACCCAAGCGGAGGAGCGCGAAAUGAUCCAGAAAGAAUGUGCUGCUAUCCGCUCAUCUUUUCGAGAAGAAGACAACACAUAUCGUUGCAGAAAUGUGGCUAAGCUCCUUUAUAUGCACAUGUUGGGCUACCCGGCGCACUUUGGGCAGCUUGAGUGCCUGAAGCUGAUUGCAUCCCAAAAGUUUACUGACAAGCGAAUAGGUUAUUUGGGCGCGAUGCUGCUCUUGGACGAGAGGCAGGACGUGCAUCUAUUAAUGACGAAUUGCAUUAAGAACGAUUUGAAUCACAGCACACAGUACGUCCAGGGACUGGCGUUGUGCACUUUGGGCUGUAUGGGCUCCUCAGAAAUGUGCCGUGACCUUGCGGGGGAGGUCGAGAAGCUGCUCAAAACAUCCAACUCUUACUUGAGAAAAAAGGCGGCGCUAUGUGCAGUUCACGUCAUCAGAAAGGUUCCUGAACUCAUGGAAAUGUUCCUUCCAGCCACAAAAAACCUGCUGAGCGAGAAGAACCAUGGUGUUCUCCAUACAUCCGUUGUCCUCCUUACUGAGAUGUGUGAGAGAAGUCCUGACAUGCUGUCUCACUUCAGAAAGCUUGUUCCACAAUUGGUGAGAAUCCUAAAGAACCUAAUCAUGUCUGGAUACUCGCCGGAGCAUGAUGUUUCGGGCAUCAGCGAUCCUUUCCUACAGGUGCGGAUAUUGAGACUACUUCGAAUUUUAGGCAGGAGUGACGAUGACUCCAGUGAAGCUAUGAAUGACAUUCUUGCACAGGUUGCAACUAACACUGAGACAAGUAAAAAUGUGGGCAAUGCCAUUCUUUACGAGACUGUGCUGACCAUCAUGGAUAUCAAGUCAGAAAGUGGACUGAGGGUAUUGGCCAUUAAUAUAUUAGGUCGAUUCCUCCUUAAUAAUGACAAAAAUAUAAGAUAUGUGGCAUUGACAUCGCUAUUAAAGACGGUACAGACGGACCACAACGCUGUGCAGAGGCAUCGGAGUACAAUUGUGGAUUGCUUAAAAGACCUUGAUGUCUCUAUUAAAAGACGUGCAAUGGAAUUGAGCUUUGCCCUGGUGAACGGCAACAACAUCAGAGGCAUGAUGAAAGAGCUGCUCUACUUCCUGGACUCGUGCGACCCAGAAUUCAAAGCAGACUGCGCUUCAGGAGUCUUUCUAGCGGCAGAAAAGUAUGCCCCGUCAAAAAGAUGGCACAUAGACACCAUAAUGCGAGUUCUGACAACAGCAGGCAGUUAUGUGCGUGAUGACUCCGUGCCCAACCUUAUCCAGCUCAUCACAAACAGUGUCGAAAUGCACGCAUACACCGUGCAAAGACUUUAUAAAGCCCUUCUGGAUGACAUUUCACAGCAACCUCUUGUACAAGUGGCAUCCUGGUGCAUAGGAGAGUAUGGCGAUCUACUGGUUUCUGGACAAUGUGAAGAGGAGGAGCCCAUCCAGGUGAGUGAAGAUGAGGUUCUGGAUGUGCUGGAAGGGCUCCUCGUAUCUAAUCUUUCCUCGCCUGUAACUCGAGGCUAUUCUCUUACCGCCAUCAUGAAGCUGUCUACUCGCUUCAGCGGUGUCAAUCGAAUCAAGAAGGUGGUCUCAAUAUACGGAAGCAGCAUUGAUGUGGAACUGCAACAGAGAGCAGUGGAGUACAACGCACUUUUCAAGAAAUACGACCACAUGAGGCCAGCUCUCCUCGAGCGAAUGCCCAUAAUGGAAAAAGCAGCCACUAAUGGCCCCACAGAGAUCGUGCAGACAAAUGGAGAGACAGAACCUUCUGUUGGGGAACCCAAACAUCCACCACCUGUCAGUCAGCCAGCCAACCAGGCAAAUGAUUUAUUAGACCUGCUGGUUGGUAAUGAUGUGGUGCCAGUAAUCCAUACCACAGUGCCCCCGAAGCCUGCGUCAUCUGGAGGAGAACUCCUGGACCUGCUGGUUGAUAUCUCACUAAGUGGCGGUCCAACCCCUGCUCCUGCUCCCUCUGUCCCCGCCUCCCAACCCCCUUUUCUUCUGGAUGGCCUUUCCUCACAGCCCCUCUUUAAUGACAUUGCAGCUGCAGGUAUUCCCCCUAUGACGGCCUACAACAAGAAUGGCCUGAAAAUCGACUUCACGUUUGAGAGAGCGAACCCCAACCCCAACGUCGCCGUCAUCACCAUCCACGCUUCUAACUCCACAGAAGCAGACAUGACAGAUUUUGUUUUUCAGGCUGCAGUACCAAAGACAUUCCAGCUGCAGCUCCUGUCCCCCAGCAGUAAUGUCGUCCAAGCGCUCAACCAGGGAACCGUCACACAGGUCAUCAGAGUCCUCAACCCACAGAAACAACAACUGCGGAUGAGGAUCAAGCUGACGUACACCCACAAAGGCUCGCCUGUGCAAGACCUGGCCGAGGUCAAUAACUUCCCCCCUCAAUCGUGGCAGUGAUGAGUUGCUUCAUUUUGCUCCUAAAAGCCCCUCUGAUGGGGACUAUGAAAUUAUUUUUCUUUCGCCUUGCCCCCCUCCUCCUUUCUUCUUCCAACGGACUCCCCCUCAGUGACAUCACUAAAUACGCAACAGAGCGUCUUUAACGAAGGAAAACACAGUACAGAUGAAGAGCCGUUUUUCAGCGAACUUUCUCAUUUCUUUCACUAUUGGUGCCAUCCUCUUUUGUUAGCCAUCCAAAUAAUUUUCCACCCCCACAUGAAUACUGUAGUUAAUAUAAAAUGAACACACUUUGAUAAAAUUAUAUUUAUGAUUGCUCUGAGCCUUUUAAAGCCCAAAUAAUGCAAGAUAAUUCACUUUUGUGACUUUCCUCAUCACAUCUCAAGCAGAAUUUGGGGAUUUUGCAUCUAACUCAGGCAUGAAAUCCAUCUCAAAAGUUUCAUUUCGUCGCUGUCGAACAGAACCGUUGCGUCUCUGAAAUCAUUGCUGGAUAAAAAAAGGCCAACUUCCUUGAGUUCAUGUUCAAGUUGGAAUUAAAAAUUAAUAUUUCCAAACAAGAAAAAAAAAAGUCUCAUACUUUACAAACGAAAAUUGUGCAAUCAUCCUAUUCCACCAAUCUUUAUGAUUGAGGGAUGUAAUAUCUAAAUUGAUGAGUUGACUAAACGUAGCCCCUUAAAUCAAUAACAGAACAUGCAUAGACAUUUGCAAUUGUGGCCUACAUGACCCAAAUUUUCAUGUCCACAUACGUGGAUGUCAGGGCUCAAUUAUAUUAUUUUUUAUUAUUAAUAUUUUUAAUGAAGAACUAAUAUAAUAAACUAAUAAAGUGUUAAUAAAAAUGAAAAUGAAUAAAAACAUAUUGGUGUUAUGGCACCCAAUAACAAUUUUUUUUUUUCCUUUUUAAAUUUCACAGUAUCUAACUCAUUACCUGCAAUUGACUUUAAAACACGUCCAGUUUGUUUUAAUUGAGAAUACUGACUGAAUUCUCAUCUUUCAGUGUCACUGACGGCGCUAGACAUCCAAUCUAUUUUGACUGGGAGGGCUAACAAACUCUCACCUUAGAAACUUUCACUUCAAGUUGAACUCUUUACGUGCAAUUGUGUUAAAGGAGUGCCCCAAAUGUAAAAUACAUAAAAAUAUCAAAACAUUUUUUGGACAUACAAGGUUUCUGCCCGACAGCAGCAAUUUUGAAACUUCAGCUUGCAUCUUUCCUAUGUUCCACAGGGAAAAUAUAGUAGUCUUAAAGGACCAUUUAUUGAAAGAUAAAAGUUGUUAUCCCCAUGGCUCAAAUUUAGUACCUAAGCUUAAUGAGCCAUUUUUGUUUUACCUGAUUGAGCUUCUCACUUGGCACAAACUUAUGUAAAUGAAGCCUGUUUUGAAUGUAGUUAUAUGCACUGAAUGCUGUUCUCCCCCAUUUCCUUUAUUUGUUUCCAUCGAUGAGACGGUCAACACAUCGGCACUAUUUCUGUGAAAAUAUGUUUGAUUUCUGCAGUAAAUCGACUUGAUUAUUUAUGCCUGAUAUCAAAGUGAUGUGCCUUUCUGACUUAACGAAAGAAACGUUUUGCUAUGAGUUGGUGUGUUAGCCUGUUCGUGUGCUUAAAAAUGAGGGAAAUGAUCGUGACUGUUUAGAAAUGGGAUAUUAUCUUUCACCGGAUUCUUUUUUUUUUUCUUACUUGUUACUAUUUUUCAGAUUUUUAGGUGCGGAAGUGUAUGUAGUCUCACAAGAAAAAAACAAGUUCAGUAUCUUGCUAUAGCAUAAAUUUCACAUUUUAAAGUCAUAUGUUUCAUGUUAUGAAACAAAACUCAACGAUUCCUUCCUGUGCAGGUCACUGGUGUAGUCCUUUUUGUGUCUCAUAAAUACUUAAAAAGUGAAAUGUAACAUGCUCAAAUUUGUAACAUCACAUUAUAAAGGGAAAUAAAUCAUUUUAGAACUUUAUCAUAUCAAACGUAUUACAUUGGAACAUCAAAAUUACCACAUUAGAAUAUUAAAUUUAGGGUAAACUGGUAAGAUUAACAUGCAAAAUUCUGCGUUUUAAUGUUAAUAACAUUUCACCUUAAAAUCUGAAACGUAUCAUAUGAUGGUAUAUGCAUCAUGUUACAUGAAUUAAUCAUUUUAAAAUAAAACGCAAACGCGCAAAUGUAAAACAUCACGUAAUAAUGUAAUUUAUCCGAUUAAAAUUUGAUCACAUUGAAUUCACCUAAUAUAAGAACAUCUUAUAAUUUGAUAAGUUUUAUCAUGAUACGUUUUAAUGUGUAUCUUUUCACCUUCUAAUGAACCAUAAUGGUUACACGUAUCAUGUUGCAUGAAAUUUAUCGCUCAGUUUGGAACCAUCUUGAAAUGUUAACAUGCGUAAAUGUAAAACAUCACGUUAAAACAUGAUCACAUCAAAUUUACUGCAAAAGAAAAUCAAACUACAUUCGGUCGUUAAACCUAUGCUAAAUUGAUAAGUUUGACAUAGUGAAACUUUUCACCUUAAAAACAUGUGAAAUUAUAAAAUUAACCACGUUGCAACCCGAAACCGAACAUCCAUAUAUGGAAAACAUCAUGUUAUAACUUGAUCACAAACUUACUGCGUUAGAACAUUAAACUUACCAUGUUAGAACUUUAAACUGAAGCUACUAACAUUUUAUCAUGAUGUGUUUUUUAAACUUAAUCACCCUACAACAUGAAAUGUAUCAAUCAUGUAAUGUCAUCCAUAUCAUGUUUCGUGAAAUUCAUCACGUUAAAACAAGAACAUUACCAUGUUAAUCCCUGAAAUUUAUCAUGUAGUGUGAUACUGAACUUUUUUUUCCUUCUGGUGUGACAGCACGAUACAAUAGUUAGGGCUUUGCCAGAACUCCACAAUCAUUCAAAUUCUAGUAACAAUUCAUAUCGUCCCAUUCUAAUGUUGCUUCGUUUCACGUUUGCCUGAUAGAUCCCAAUCGAAGCAAAUCUUUGGAAAAUAAUGGCAGCUAAUAGAUGUCACCUUUUUCAUAGGUUGGUAUUAAGUGUUGUCGUAAAUUCUCAUUAUUAUGAUCCACUCUCCCGUCCCUGUCUUGGAUGUGGAUUUAUUGAUGAAUUGCGUGAGGACUUUUUAGUGGCGCGAUUGAUAUUGGCUCUGGUCUUCUCUGUCGGGGGAGGCGACCGUUGAUACCUCACAAUGUUCUCUCUUUUUACUAACUCGUUCGAGUGGCUGGCCUGCUUUUCUAGUCCCCGAUCGCAUCCGAGGGGCGCACGGCUGCAUGAAAAAGCUGACGGCAAUUUGUACGCGUGCGCCAUUCUAAGUUAGCGACGAACCACGUUAGCGGCCCCACCAUGCUUUGAUAUUCAAUCACUAUGCUUCACUAACUCCUGUGACCAAAAUCGGAGAGACUAUUAGCUUUGGAAAUAUUUUUCAGUUACGAUAUAUGUAUAUGGAGGAAAAUAAUUUCACUUUUUUUUCUGUUGUUGACAAAUGCUAUAUUAGCUUUUUUCUGUACAUAUUGAGGGCUUUUACAAAUUUUUGGUCUCUUGUACUAUCUUUCAUCCUUUUUUUAGAUACCAUUUUCUAAACCAGUUCUCCACUAUGUAUAUUGUCGAAAUAGUCAACUGUAGUCAACAUCAGGCUUCCCUGUAUCACCACUCAUUCAUUGUAAAAGGUAUACUAUGAACUGCUACCUGUACAUUGUAUAUAACUGUAAAACAAAGGCUGAUCCACUUAAAUAAAACCCCACAUGAAGACUACAAAAGAUUAGCUAGCACAUGGAAUUGUAUGCAUAUAUGUACAAAAGAUUCUUAAACGGAUGCAUUUUGAUUUCCUCAGAUUCAUGGGUGUGGAUAUGUCGCCUUUUUACUAAAAUCACUGAUGAGGAUUGUCUUUAUGGUUCGAUUUUAGUGUAAGAAUGAUGAGCUGUACUACUGAGAAACUGCAAUGCUGCACUAGAGAGCUCCUACGAUGCGCGUUCCCGGUUCGGCUUGUGUGCGCACCACAUUCUAAAUCCUGUUCCCCUUCGCGACAUCGAUUUAAACCGUUAGCUGUUUGUGUUGAUAGCAAUACUUACUUGUAAACCCAACUCUGGCGUUGAAUGUUGAUGUUUCAGUGCCAUUGACAGCGAUAGACAUUAUGCCAGCCUUUCCUGGUCAGAAUGGAAUGGACGUCUGUCGCCGUCAAUGGCAGCCAAUGAGUUCAUUAAUUUAAAAAAAUAAUGUUUAACCUGUUAGAACAGUAAGAUUGUUGACCUGUUUCAAGUGUUUAAAGUGGUGAUUUGGCAACAUUACUGUGUGGUCAAUGUAAAACAGCUCAUUUUUAAAGCAGCGGUGGCAGUCAAUAAGUUAAUACUUACGCAUCCCAAGAUUGUGUUCCUUCUUUUAUAUGGAAGUAAUUCUGUGCCACUUUAUAUUUGAAUUUCUAACCCAUAUUUUCAGAAUAGGAAUUCUAACAGUAAAUUGAGUCGUGGAAAAAAUAGUCGCAAAAAAUUCUGUCACAACAUCUGGGUGACCAGGGAGAAGCAAUUGAUCCCCGCUUAACAUUCUCUGAAAUCUUUCAAAUCGUCAUCCUCAAAUAAGACAUGGCUGAGCAUACGUCUUUUGCAGCUGCUUCUUAUACAUCGUCUCAUACCAGAUGACGCCAGUAAUAUUCAAUUUGUGUCACAUGAGCACUGAAGCGAACAAAAUCUUGAUUGCUUAGACGUUUGGUAAAAAUGAGACUGGGUUUGAUUGCGUCUCCAGUAUAUCGAAUUUGGCUGGCUGAGGUUUUUGCAGCUGAAAAAUUCAGUAUUACAGUUUCAUUGCUGGAAAAAAAUCUGUUAGAAAUUCAUAUUCAAACUCCAGUGGCACAAAUUUUCUUCCAUACUUAUAUUCCAUUUGAAAAGAAAGCUGUUUGAGCAUUCAGUCAAUAUCCAACUUCUUAGCUCAUUGGCUACUAUAGACUGUGGUAUUCUAGCUAUUCAAUGGUAGACAGUUAAUAGCCAUGUGACUAGUAAACUUAGUCCUCACUGUGGGGGAAAAUUACACAAAACUGCACUGCACUAGCAUUACUAUGAUCUCACUAGUAAUUUUUUGCCAGUACUAGUGUGUUUUAGUAUUGCUAGUCCCUACUACUAGUACUUGGACAUGAAGUUAAAUAUUAAGAAUAUAAGAAAUGCUCCAGCAGCUUUAUUCAAAUAUCGACUGAACUAAUGUGAGUCAAUUACACGCCAGUCGCCACAAGGGGGAGCUGCACAAAAAGAGGAUGGGAGUGGGAAGGAAAAAAAAUCAUUACAGAUUUUUUCCCCCUCCAUCUUCGUCGGUUUUUCCCCCCAACCCCUUGUUCAUUCUUUGAAAAUCCAUGCAAAUUGUACAAAUGGAGACGUGAACCCAACUUAAGUGCUUUGAACACACUUGAAGGAAGACAAUUUAUCUGUGUGUGAUCUAAAUUUGAAACUGUGUGUGAGUGUGAUGUUGUGUGAUGUCUUUAUUUACAUGAUUUCAGGCUGCAAAAUUUCAGUUUAUCAGCUGCAUGUGAAAGCCGGUGUAAAUAAUGUCAUUUCUACUCGACCCACUGGAGUUCUUAUGAGUUUGUCCCACUCUGUCUUGGGUACCUGUGUGUACAAUAGGACUUUGUUCAGUCGUGAUUACAAUAAGGUUUAAAGAUGGUGAUGAAUGAAGCGCACCCUCGUUUUAAUUUUUUGGUCAUGCCCGUAAAAAUCUGAUUUCUUUGUGGCGAAAUGAGUUUUCUUGUUUUGUUUCUUCCCCCAUCAAGUUUGUCGCGUUGAACUGAACCCUAUUGUCCGUGGCUCCAAGGUGAGUGUGACUGUCAGACUGAAAGUAUGAUAUAUGAUUAAAGAUGACAAGUUGUAAACUAUUAAAUGGGAUAUUUUUGAUUUA